AUGGAUGUCUCAAGCCUGCUUGGGAGAAUGGAGCAGCUGUACAUGGAGGUCAGGUCUAUGAAGCAUGCCUUGCAGAGACAUGCUAAUGUGAGCAAAGAUCUUCAGUUUAUCACUGAGAAGAUCAAUCACCAAGUGUGUGCAUUGGAGUGUGCCACUGACCUGACUGGGGGCAAUGGUCCAGAUACGUCGGUGGCGGUGAUUGGGGCCACUGUCAUGGGCACGAUGGAUGGAGCCACCGGCCUGGUUGGCUUGGCAUCUGGGGCUGCACCGGUGGAAGUCUCGGGCCUGGGAGCAGAGGAGGGAGCUACGGCAGGGGUCUCCGCUCUGGAAGUGGAGAAGGCUGAGUGUGAUCUUAUGGAGGCGUCCAACAAACGCAGGGUCCCUGUCUACAUCCUGCUAGAUGAGAAGAAUCUCACCUACUUCACUGACAUGUGUUCCGCACUCGAUGUGCAGAACUCACACUUGAGCAACAUGCGUAUCCGCAGUGUAUGUGGGGACACCUACUGCACCAAGAGCGGGAAGAAGUUCACUGGUCAAGUCAAGGAGAAGUUUAUGAUCAUAGACUGUGAAGAAGUCAUUGCAGGAUCCUACAGUUUCACCUGGUUGUCUGCUCAGGUGCACAGCAACAUGGUGAUGCAUUUUUCGGGCCGCAUAACAGACAGCUUUGACCGAGAGUUUCGCUGUCUGUACGCCGACUCCCAGAUAAUCGACUGUUUCUAUAACCCAGAGGAUGAGGGCCCGCCCUACUACUCCUCGUACCCAGUCGUGACGGCACCUGCCUUGACCAUGGGCUUAGGCCUACCAGGAAUGGGCUUGAAUGUGUUCUCCGAUAGGCAAAGGGAGCGGGAAAGAGUGUGUUCUGAGAACUCCAGCAGCCAGUCGAGCAGCAGCAUGUCCAGUGUGAAGGCUGCGCCUGGAAUGACCCCUAACACGGUCUACAAGGUCACACACGGUAACGAGAAGAAGGAGCCAAACAACAACUCUCAUCUUAGUCCUGAGAGGAGAGGAGGAGGAGAGAGGGAAAGAGGAGGCGGGCAAACCCCUACACCUCAGAAUCAAACCCCACCAGGUACCCACGUCACCCUAAACGGAGGAACUGAUCUAAGCCCUGUUUCGCCUUUUGGCCAGUCAAUAGGCAUAGAGUGGCCCAAAUCCAAUCCGGCAGACUUCCUGCGGGCUAAUGUGGGCGGCACCACUUCCAAGUUUCAAGGGUUGGGUUUGUACAACAGCAAACCCAAUGUGUUUCACAACGCUGGAACAAAUCCCAGCACCCCCAGCACAUACCAGACCACCAAGACUCAGUCCCCCACACCAGAAGACAAACUCACUCCCAAGCAGAGGACUACCUCCAGCCCUUUCCUCAACAAACUCACAGACCUCUUCCUGCCCCCCUCCAGCAAAGACAAGGACUCCAACACCUACAGGAAGUCGCCCCCCCAAACUACCCUACCCUGGAGCGGUCCAGACCUCUCUCAAACAGAGCCUGAGAGCCAGCAGAGCCCCCCGCCACCCACUUCUCCGGUUGUAUUGAUGAACCGGCAGGACCAGAAGCGAAUGACGCUGGGCCACAGCAAACUGGACCUGGUGAACCACUACAACAAGAUGAAGUCAAAGCAGGUGUACAGCCGCUUUGAGCUGAAAAGUGGUAACUGAGCUGAGGAAAUUGAGUUGAAUCAAAUUGUUCUGCUCUCACGUCUUGUGGAGUAAAAGGACAAAAAUGUAUCGACUUUCAUACAAAUGAACAUUUUUCAAUGAAAGGAGAAUGCUGUGGACACAGGAUAAAGUCCACAAAGUCAUCCAGCCACUCUGAAUUAAAGAACAACUGCCAGGAAAGUGGAGGACUAUUUCAUUUUGUUGGAAAAAGACAAACAAAAGUAUGUCACACUUUAUCGAGCAUGUCUUGCUUCGUUUUAACGUUAGUGCAAAUCUGAAGCAUACUGUAUGUACUGUUUCAUCAUUACCUUUUUUCAUCUGCAAUGAAAAAUUAAUAUUGUAAUAUUGUUCGAGAAAACCAAAGGGCAAAAAAAAAAAAGUCAAACGAAUGUGUCCUUUCUGAAAAACAGAGCUCUGGGUGACAUUGCAUUACUGAUACCCUUUGAUAUACACCGCAGCAGCGGGGACAAGUCUGUCAUACUACGGCUGCUUUCCAACAAAUCAGCUGUGUUAUCAAGCCGCUGUGUCGGUUCACAUGGAACACGGCCGGUGCCUCGAGUCUGAGUCCCCGGCCCCCUCACAGUUCUGGUAGCGUGCGCAUGUGCGUGUGUGUGUGUGUGUGUGUGUGUGCGCACAAUUAUGCAUAGUUAAGCUGCAUUUACGCCAUUGUUCAUACAAGGGAGUUGGAGAACUUCUUCAACGCUUGAGUCAAGAGAUAUUCAUCAGUUUGUCUCUGGGACUAUAAAACAUGUUGCUCUGUCACCGGUGCCAGAAACCAUACAAAUACAACAGGCAUGUGGUUCCUCUUUCAUGUAACUGCUUCAAAGUGAGUGCUCUAAACUUUACUUGGGUUGCAUACUACGUUUUCCUCAUAAGCCAACAAUUAUUGGUGGGGUUUUUUUUGGUUUUUUUUUAAGGUGGUUGAUUGUGUUUAGGAGAUGUGUCAUGUGUAGUUGGGUCCUAAAGUAAGGAAGAUUGAACCCUCCCUUGCUCCUGUAGCCAGUAAUUUGAUCUUAUGAGCCCGAAAAUGCGGUUUUACUUAAAAACUUUUUUUUUUGUUUUGAGAAAUAAUUUCCAUUGUUGUGAAACGAUCCCAUUUUCUGUGGAUAUAAAAAAAAAGAUUUUAUGACUUAAUGUGAGAUGAAAUCACAUUAAUACCCACAUUUUUUUUUUACAAUACAGCCUUCAAUUAUCCUUCUUUCACUUUAUUCCCCAGUUAUUUGGUGUAUUUUAUGCUGAAGUUGUGAAUGGUUUAAGGUUAUGGAGAUGUCCGUUUUUUCAUUGUUGGAAAUUAUUGUGUGAAAUCAAUGAUUUAUUUUUUCAUAAAUGAGACCCCUGUAAACUACCAUGUCAACAGAUCUCCUCAGAGAGAUCAAACCUGAGAGAAGAGAGAAAUGGAGGUCGAGGGAAUGAACGCAACCUGGAGGCUAGUCUGCAUUUCCCAGUCUACCUUUCUCUCUCCUACUCUGGCCUUACUAACUUAUUUGCUUUUCUUUCCUCUUCAUUUGAGUGCAAUGUACCUUUAACACUCCUGCAGCGUGACGUGGCGUGCUGGCUCUCCGUAUCAGAUGUCCAGGCAGUCUAACCGCAGAGCUUUUACACCUGACACCACAGCAGAGCAUGACUAACAGAAAAGCUUUAGUAGUUAGGAAGCGUUGUGGGGACGAACGAGAGCUGCUGGUGUAAUAUGCGUCACCAUGUGCCUUGGUCAUCCUGCACGUUUACAGUCACACUACAGCCCUCAACCAAACACACCUGUCGACGGUGAAGUGCAUUUAGGUUCAAUACCGCUGUCAUCCCAGUUGGCGGUCUUCAUAGUAAGAUGUUAUGCUACCAUAUCAAUGAUCCUGUGGUCCUACAGAAUUGUCUUAAUGAACAGUAAAAAAAAAAAAAAAGUGAAAAAGCUGCGAUGUAUAGGCAACACUUCAUGUUGUAGUCUGUCCCUCAAAAGAAACGGAUGUCUGCAGAGGAGAUCGAUCAGUGCUGCUGAUCAUUUUUAAUGUAGAGGAGGUGAGAGCUCUGGGACACAAAUGCACAGGAAAUGGUGUAUGAAAAGGUGUUGUUUGUCAUAGGGUUGGUCAAAAUUUUAACAUCUUACAGCUUAUGGUGCCCUUUAGACAUUUCUUCACCAUUUACAAUAAUGUUUUUAUGAAGAAACAUUAGCUAAUUUCUCACCCCCCAAAUUUGCACAUUUGUGUUUUAUUCAUAUUGCUUGCCAUCAUUGAAUAAGAUACAGAAGAACCUUAUUCCUGUUUAGGAUAUUCAUUUGCAUAGGUGUCAUCAUUUGGGUUAUGCCACUGGUUUACAGUGGUGUCUACUGCAGAUCCCACCACAUUGUGAAUCCAGUCUUUAUCAUUUCCGCAGUUUCUCAAGAACUGCAGUUACACUUUGCAGUGCGGAGGAGCUGUGGUACAGCGGCACGUGUAAAAUAUUUCACUGUAGAGUUUGUAGGAUGGAUACGAUAGCAAGAAAAAACAUUCACUACCCCUCAGGUUUUCUUUUACAGUUGUAUAGAUAAUUCUACAUUAAACUUGGGGGGGGGCACUUCAUAUGAUUAAUUUGUUAAAAAAAUGUGCUUUACAGUCAGCAAAGGGUAUAUUUUCUGUCGUUGUUUCUCUCCAUGUCUCAAACCUGGUUUUCCAAUACAAUCAUUAUCUUCUUGUAGAGAACAGAUGUUUACCGCUGAUAGUAUGUACUGUAAGCAAUAAUGGUUGACAAAGACCAAUUUUACUAGAUGUAUACUAUAUUAUUUACUUUUUUAGUCAUUAUGGAAUCAAAUUGGUUUGGUGACUUUGUUAUACUGUAAUAAUGGCCAACUUAGCAUUUGUUACAGAAUAUUCUACAAAAAGACUGUCCUUUUGUCCAAUAUUAGACAAAUUAAGCACAUGAAGUCACUUCAUUGUGUUUGUCUCUGUAAUAUAUUUGUUUAUAUGUAUAUUUCAACCACUGACUUAAUGUCAGGAUUUUGGGUCGUUCCUAAAGAAACACUUGGCUACUGAACUGACUUGUUACCAUCUGCUUUUCGUUUUUUACAUGAUGGUUAUUUCUGCAGAAUGUGAAAUUAAACUUUAACUCUUGAUACCAUUACAGACACGGUUAUUAUGUCCCGGUUUCUAUCGGUUGGUGGGCUGUGUACCCAUCUGAUAUAUUGCAUGGACAUAGCAAACUAAGAGUGGAUGUUCAGCGCUAUUACAUACAGGGGACAUAGUUGCCCUCAGUGCAAAGUGAAUGGGCUUCGUUAAAGUGAAACCGAGUUGACUGAAAUCCUGAUCAGAUCUCUUUCUCUGACCAGCGUGCAGCACUGUAGAGUUUGUUUUUAAAUGUUACAAACUUAUAAACUCACCUUUACACUAUGAAUCAUAAAAAUAUUUCAAUGCUUUUAUAAUGUGAAAACCCAAUCCUGGGUCUCCAAAACAAGGCAUUAAUAUCCACAUGAGAAAGAGGAAGGGGGGGCGUGUCCUGGUAGCAUAUUCCGUUGCCUGCAAAUACAGGGAUCGCCGGUUCAAAUCCCUGUGUUACCUCCGGCUUGAUCAGGUAUCCUAACAGACACAAUUGGCUGUGUCUGCAGGUGGGAAGCCAGAUGUGGGUACGUGUCCUGGUCGCUGCACUAGCGCCUCCUCUGGUUGGUCGGGACGCCUGUUCAGGGGGGAGGGAAACCUGGGGGGAAUAGCAUGAUCCUCCCGUGCGCUACGUCCCCCUGGUGAAACUCCUCACUGUCAGGUGAAAAGAAGCAGCUGGUGACUCCACAAGUAUCAGAGGAGGCAUGUGGUGAUCUGCAUCCCUCUCCGGAUCGGCAGAGGGGGUGGAGCAGUAACCAGGACAACUCGGAAGAGUGGGGUAACUGGAUGGGUAUAUUUGAGGAGAAAGAGGGGGAGAGGAAAGGAAGGUUGGGACGCCAUGAUAAUAAAUGAUGGUAGUCCCCUCUUUAUUUUAUCUCUCUCUCCUGUGUUGCAUCCUUGAACAGUCACACAGCAGCUGCCGCUGCACUCUGGUAUAAUUUUGUUUUCUUAUUAGCUGUAUUCAAGUCGACUUCAACUGGCCCUUUGUAGCAUAAAAAUCAUAUUUCACAGCACUGUUUUGUUUACAAGAUUGUACUCAGUGUUUGACAUGACUGCUGAGAAAAAUACACAGUUGGAGUUUACCAAACUAGUCCUGUGGAAAAAGGUCACUUGCUGACAAAGUACACAGAUGAAAAAGGGAUUUCUAUGAUAGCUGAAGCUGUUGCAUUGCACUGUAAAUAUUGACAGAAGUUACAGAAAAUAGAUUUACAGAGUUGGUUUGCUUUUAUGUUUGAAAGUUUGUAAGCCAGUGCUAACUGUAAAAAGGGCUAUUAUGCAUUACUAACAGUGUUACAAAACUACACAAUUAUGUAAUAAAGAUUCUUUUUGAU